AUGACGGAUGAAGAAAAAUGUUAUGAGAACAAGUUCGAGGGGUUAGAAUCUUUACAGGGCGGCGAUGCCGCAGUUACCUACCAGCUGAACGAUGAACUUAAUCAGCAUCCCGUAAAUUCACUUCCUACCAGUUGCCGAAGAGUUAAACUCUAUGAAAUCGGUUCAACUUCUGAUACAUGGAUAGAUAAGGGUACAGGAUUUUGCUUUUUUGAUGGUGAUCUGGAUUCUGAGAAUCCGAAGCUUUUAGUAAGCCUUGAGCAUUACGGAGUUAAAAGUCUUGUUUCUACAUAUAUUAAAGAUAAUACGGAUUAUUCAUCACAAAAUGGAAGCGAUACAAGAUUAUAUAGAGCAAUUUCAUUUCAAAAUGUUGUUGGACAUAAUGCUUGCUGGUACUUAUUACGUUGCUUAGUCCAGAAGUACAUAAGUAACUUUGUGGAUAGCAUAAAUCUACAAACGACCGAGUCAAAAGCGUUAGCUCAAGCGUCCGAGACUAAUUCAGAGUUCAGAGUCCUUCCCGUACCAACAGUUAAUUCUAUUCUAAAAUUGGAAUCAAAUCUCGAAUCUUACAACACAAUAUCGGAUGGAUUCUAUUUGGAUUUGUAUGAUAAGAAAUGGUUGAAGGAGUUGUUUGGAGUUUUGAACAAUUGUAUUUUGUCGGAAGAUCUCGCAACCGCCUCUGCUAUCUCCUCAAUUUUAGUCAAGCUCAUACUUAAGUGGUGUUGCUCACUGGAACUAAUGCAUAUUUUCGUCUCCGACGAUAUUUUUUUCAAUUUACUAAAGGCUUUUGAAUGUACGUAA